ACUGAGCUAAGGAUGGAGUCAGUAAGGUCAUACUUUGGGGGGUUGUGUGGGAAUGAGCAGAAAGGAGAGGAGGAGAGACUCUUGCGAGCGAAUGACAGACCUUACAAUCUGUCUUUCCGCUAUGUUAACAAUGCCAUCAGGACCUCCAAAUACAACAUUUUCACCUUCCUGCCUCUGAACCUCUUUGAGCAGUUCAGGAGGCUCGCCAAUGCCUACUUCCUGUUCCUCAUGGUCCUUCAGCUAAUCCCACAAGUCUCCUCUCUCUCCUGGUUCACUACGGCCGUCCCUCUAGUUUUGGUGUUGUCUAUAACAGCAGUCAAGGAUGCCAGCGAUGACAUAAACAGACACAAAAGUGACAAACUAGUGAAUAACCGCACCGUGAGCAUCCUGAUCGAUGGACAGCUAAAAAAUGAAAAAUGGAUGAAUGUUCAGGUUGGAGACAUCAUCAAGCUGGAGAAUAACCAGUUUGUCACAGCUGAUCUUCUAUUGCUGUCCAGCAGUGAGCCUCUCAAUCUGGUCUAUGUAGAAACAGCUGAAUUAGAUGGUGAAACCAAUCUGAAGGUAAAACAAGCCCUGACUGUAACUGGAGAGCUGGGAGACAGCAUUGACGCACUGGCUUACUUCAAUGGGGAAGUGAAAUGUGAGCCCCCUAAUAACCGUCUCGACAAGUUCAAAGGAGUCCUGAUGCUAAACGGACAAACCUACUCUUUGGACAAUGACAAAGUGUUGCUCAGAGGAUGCACUCUGAGAAACACAGAGUGGUGCUUUGGCCUGGUCAUUUUUGGAGGUCUGGACACCAAGUUGAUGCAGAACAGUGGCAAGACAACUUUCAAGCGGACUAGUAUCGAUCAUUUGAUGAAUGUCCUGGUGUUGUGUAUCUUCGGUUUCCUGGCGACUAUGUGCAGCAUUCUGACGGUCGGCAAUGCAAUCUGGGAGAUGAGGGAGGGCUCAGUGUUCACAGUCUUCCUUCCUCGGGAAAGCGGGGUUAACGCUCCCCUCUCAAUCUUCCUCACUUUCUGGUCCUAUGUAAUUGUCCUCAACACGGUGGUGCCAAUUUCUCUCUAUGUCAGUGUUGAGAUCAUCCGGCUGGGGAACAGCUUCUACAUAGACUGGGACAGGAAGAUGUAUUACCCCAAGAGUGACACUCCUGCUCAGGCUAGGACCACCACGCUGAAUGAAGAGCUGGGCCAGAUCAAAUACAUCUUUAGUGAUAAGACUGGGACUCUGACGCAGAACAUCAUGACUUUUAAUAAGUGUUCUAUCAAUGGGAAAGCUUAUGGGGAGCUCUUUGACUUUUCUGGACAAAGGGUGGAAAUAACAGAGAAAACAGAGAAAGUCGACUUCAGGUGGAAUGAUCUGGCUGAUCCAAAGUUCACCUUUCACGACCACAGUCUGGUAGAGACGCUGAGAGAGGGAAGCCCGGAGGCUCAAGCCUUCUUCCGCUUGCUGGCUCUUUGCCAUACAGUCAUGCCUGAGGAAAAGAAAGAGGGGGAGCUGUACUAUCAAGCUCAGUCUCCUGAUGAGGGUGCUCUGGUGACCGCAGCAAGAAACUUUGGGUUUGUGUUCCGCUCACGCACACCAGAGACCAUCACGGCCUGGGAGAUGGGCAAAAAAGUGACAUAUGAACUUCUGGCUGUUCUUGACUUCAAUAAUGUCCGCAAGAGAAUGUCAGUAAUAGUGCGAAGCCCUGAAGGGAAGUUAACUCUUUUCUGCAAAGGAGCAGACACCAUCAUCUUUGAAAGACUUCAUCCCUCCUGUGACAAACUGAAGCAAGUCACCACAGGACACCUCAACGAGUAUGCAGGUGACGGCCUCCGCACACUGGCUUUGGCAUACAAGGACUUAGAUGAGGGAUACAUGGACGGGUGGAGACAGCGCCACCAUGAGGCCAGCACUGCCAUGGAUGACAGAGAGGAGAGACUUGAUGAACUUUAUGAAGAGAUAGAGAAAGAUCUGAUGCUUUUGGGAGCCACAGCUGUUGAGGAUAAGUUACAGGAUGGCGUGCCACAGACCAUAGAGCAACUCACAAAAGCGGACAUCAAAAUCUGGGUGUUGACAGGGGAUAAACAAGAGACGGCAGAGAAUAUUGGCUACUCCUGCAACAUGCUAAGAGAAGAGAUGACAGAGAUCUUUAUUGUUUCAGCAAAUACGGCAGAAGGAGUCAAAGCUGAGCUACAAAAUGCAAGAAGAAAAAUGCGUCCAGAAUCGGCUGAUGAGCCAUCAGUGACAAAGUCUCGUGCAGGCCUGUUUUGGCUAAAGAAGACUGAGAUUGUGCAGGAUGAGGAGGUGGAUGGAGAAUACGCCCUCAUUAUAAAUGGACACAGUUUGGCCUUUGCUCUGGAAAAGGACUUGCAGCUGGAGCUGCUAAGGACAGCAUGCAUGUGUCAGACUGUGAUUUGCUGCAGGGUCACCCCUCUGCAAAAGGCCCAGGUGGUUCAACUGGUCAAGAAAUAUAAGCAGGCUAUCACUUUGGCUAUUGGAGAUGGAGCCAACGAUGUUAGCAUGAUCAAGGCUGCUCAUAUAGGUGUGGGCAUCAGCGGUCAGGAGGGCAUGCAAGCAGUCCUCUCCAGUGAUUUCUCAUUUGCCCAGUUCCGUUACCUUCAGCGCCUCCUGCUGGUGCACGGUCGCUGGUCCUACCUGCGCAUGUGCAAGUUCCUACGGUACUUCUUCUACAAGAACUUCACCUUCACCUUUGUGCAUUUCUGGUAUGCCUUCUUUUGCGGCUUCUCUGCACAGACUGUAUAUGAUGAGUGGUUCAUCACGUCUUACAACCUGGUGUACACAGCUCUCCCUGUCCUCGGCAUGAGCCUCUUUGAUCAGGAUGUAAAUGACCGCUGGAGCUUCCAGUAUCCUCAACUCUACACUCCGGGCCAGUUGAACUUGUACUUCAGUAAAAAGAUCUUUAUACGCUGUAUGAUGCACAGCUGCUACAGCUCUCUCAUCCUCUUCUUCAUCCCGUGGGCCGCCAUCUACGACACGGUCAGAGAUGAUGGCAAAGACAUCGCUGACUAUCAGUCCUUUGCUUUAUUGGCACAGACCUGUCUGCUGAUUGUGGUUAACGUACAGCUGUGUCUGGACACCCAUUACUGGACAGCAGUGAACCAGUUCUUUGUAUGGGGCAGUCUGGCUGCUUACUUUGCCAUGACAUUCACCAUGUACAGCAACGGCAUGUUCUUCAUCUUCACCUCCAUCUUCCCCUUUGUUGGAACAGCAAGAAACUCACUGAACCAGCCUAAUGUAUGGAUGAUCAUGCUGCUGACUUCCCUCCUCUGUCUUCUGCCUGUGGUGGCUUUCCGUUUUAUUCUUAUUCAGAUCCGCCCGACAAUCAACGACAAGGUGAGACAUAAGGUGCGGAAGGAGGCACUGCCAACUCCUGCACCUCGCCGCCCACCUGUCAGGCGUAUCAGCACCCGUCGGUCUGGCUACGCCUUCUCACACACCCAAGGCUACGGCGACCUGGUGACCUCCCGCAAAUUCUUGCUGAAACUUCCCCUGAGAACCCGGCCGGCUCUGUUCUCCCAAACAGACUCCCCUCUGGCCCAGAAUCUGCCACAACAUUACCGCACCAUCGCAGAGGAGAGGGAGGAGCCAAAGAGUCCAACGCAGGAGGUACCCACAGAGUGAACACUGCAUCAAGCUGAGAAGCAGCAUUAGAGUUUGUUUUUUAUCAUGAAAACUAGCUCACAUUGAUCAGGGGAUGCACAGGGUGAAGUUCACAGUGCUUUACUUCAAGGUUUCUGAAAGGAUAAAAGUUGAAGUUCACAGCACAUACAACCUUAAGAGACCACACUGCUCUUAACAAAGCCUUAUCUUCCCUGGACAGAUAUGCAGAAAGGCUGGAAGUGUUGUCCACUUUUAUUGACAGUAAAAAAAAAAAUACUGUAACCAAACAGAGUUUUCAGAUAUUAGAAACAUGCAGCACCUUCAACCCAAACAAAAAGAGUUUUUUAAAAACAGUGUCUACUUAAAAGUGUGCUUGAAAAACUGAAGAUUUAAUUAAAAAAAUGAGUGGUUUAGAAAGUCAGAGUUUUCAGCCUGGAAAUGGCCAUUAAUACUUAAUGCAGUUUAGAGUGCUAAAACGUGAAAGUUAAAACUGCAGUGAGAUUUAUUUUGUUUCAUAUUCCUUUUUUUUAACCUUUUUUUGUGUGAACUAUCAAUUUUAUGUUAAGUUAAUAAUGUAAAAGAUGCCACUAGCUGUGAAGCUGGGUAACGACGCUUCCUCUAACAUGAAGUUCAUUCAGAAACGAUUAAUUUUGUGUGUUCGUCUUUGUGACUGUAAACACUCAGGGUGUUGUUUUAAGGAAGGGGAUCUACAAUGAACCUAUUUUCACUCUUCUGUUUACACAUUGUUAUCAUCAAGAUGUAUUUAAUUUGUGUAUUCAUUUUUAAAAGGUGUUAAAAUACAAUAUAAAAAGAUACCAGCUUGACGCAGUGUUCCCAUUCAACAGGCAGGGGUCAGUGUUGUAUAUGUAACCAUGUUCUGAGAACAUUGAUGGUUUAAAGUACAAACAAAGAACUUUGCAUGAACCAGCAGACAAAUAUUGCUCACAGGUCCAUUUUUAUCAGUCCUAACACAGUUUUAUUUGUAGAUAUGUGAUUUGUAUAAUGUCAGGGUUUCUUUCAUUGAUUUUCAAAAUCGCUCAAGUUUCAACAUGUAAGAAUCUGGAAAUAAAACAACUUGAUUAACUUGU